GUUACAAGCAUGUACAACGAUGGACACAAUCACACAUAGAAGCGCAGCUAACCUGUGGUACGGAAUAUUAAAUUAAGUAGUUGUGUGUAGCAUGAGAGUACUACUGCCAAAUUGCCUUACAAAACAUGGGAGAUAAAGAGCAUCAUGUGCACUUCAGCGGCGGAAGCGGCUUCGGAAAAGACAACAAUAUUAUGAUACAACCGCAACGACAUGGACAAAUUGAUGUUCAUCUCGGAUUUUUGCAACUUCAUCACAGGUAUCUUGUGGAAUUCUCAAUCCCUUGGAAUCUAUGUGUACAUAGUGAAGGGAAGAUAUUAGCACCAGCUGUAAUCACUGGACCCAACAAUCCAAAUUGUCACAUUGUCGAUUUAGGACAAGAAAAAGAUGGCCUAAAGUUGAAGGUAGAGUUCCUAGCACAUACAGAGAAGAUUGUGAAGGAAGACGUCCAGAUAGCGUGCUGCAAAGCAGGAGUCCCAUUAAAGAUCCAGCUGAAUGCGCGAGUCUUGGCUAAAGAUAAGGGCACUCCUUUGCUGAGGAACGGCAUACGCAGCAUCGGUGUGGAGAAAACGGAGGAAGAUGAGGUGCUGGGUGCGAAACUAAAAACAUACUUGAGCAUGCAUAGACAAUAGAUACGUCGAACGGAAACCGGGUGUCCAGUUUCACGAGGAAAAUCUCGCGCCUGAUCGGCAAAGAAGCAUUCCACAGGGGACAACGUGAUCAAGCCACAGAAGCGAUCCCUAUUUCGAACGUUAAGCGGUGCAAUUCUUCUUAGUUGCAAUGACAGUAGUAUC